AGAUUGCUAGGGGCCAUUUGGGCUUUGGGGGAACCUGACCUAGGCCUCGGCCUAGUAGGAUGCCCCCGUGUCCCCCCCAGCAGAGCAGGAACAGGGUGACACAGCUUCCAACUCUGGAGCUGGGUGAGAUGGAACUGACUUGGCAAGAGAUCAUGUCCAUCACUGAGCUGCAGGGCUUAAAUGCUCCAAAUGAGGCAUUUUUUGAGCCAUCAACCCCAGUCCCAGCCCCAUACCUUGGGCCCCCACCACCCUCAACUUACUGCCCCUGCUCAGUUCACCCUGAUGCUGGCUUCUCCCUUCCUCCACCAUCUUGUGAGCUCCCGGCAUCCACAUCUCACGCCCCAGAACCUCCAUACUCCUAUGGCAACAUGACUAUACCAGUCUCUAAGCCACUGACUCUCUCAGGCCUGCUUAGUGAGCCCCUCUCAGACCCUUUGGCCCUCCUUGACAUUGGACUGCCUGGGGGAACACCCAAGCCCCAGGAAGACCCAGAAUCAGACUCAGGACUAUCCCUCAACUACAGUGAUGCUGAAUCUCUUGAAUUGGAGGGGACAGAGGCUGGACGGCGGCACAGUGAGUAUGUAGAGAUGUACCCAGUGGAGUACCCCUAUGCACUUAUGUCCAACUCCUUGGCCCAUCCCAACUACUCUUUGCCACCUACUGAGACACCCUUGGCAUUAGAGCCCUCCUCAGGCCCUGUGCGGGUCAAGCCCAGUGCACGAGAGUCAGGGAGUCGAGAUGAGCGCCGGGCCCUGGCCAUGAAGAUUCCUUUUCCUACGGAUAAGAUUGUCAACUUGCCAGUAGAUGACUUUAACGAGUUGUUGGCUCGGUACCCACUGACGGAGAGCCAGUUGGCGCUAGUCAGAGACAUCCGAAGGCGGGGCAAAAACAAGGUGGCCGCCCAGAACUGCCGUAAGAGGAAGCUGGAGACGAUCGUGCAGCUGGAGCGAGAACUGGAGCGGCUGGGCAGUGAGCGCGAGCGGCUUCUCCGGGCGCGCGGAGAGGCCGACCGGACCUUGGAGGCCAUGCGCCAGCAGCUGACCGAGUUGUACCGGGACAUCUUCCAACACUUGCGUGAUGCAGCAGGCAACAGUUACUCCCCUGAGGAGUAUGCCUUGCAACAAGCUGCAGAUGGGGCCAUCUUCCUGGUGUCCCGGGGGACCAAGAUGGAGGCCACAGAUUGACCUGAUCCAGAAGGGUGGGACUGGUAAGGGAGAUUUCCUUCAUUC